AUGUCAGAUGAAUAUGUCGCAAAUCAUGUUCGAAAUCUGGUCGCUAUGAUGGGGUUUGAUAUGCGGAAGAGCUUGAGGGAUCGUGAUUUGGAGCUUGAGGCCAAGGUGAUGGACAAACUCAUGGAAUUGGGGCUCUCAUCGACGGAUUCGAAGAAACCUCUGGAGCGGUUUCUCAAAAGUGGCUGCCUGCUUGCCUCGCUUUACUACAGGCAUCAUCCCACGGAUGCAAAGGUCUACACAGCAAUCCACGCUAUUCUGCUGUUGGGGGUCGACGAUUAUUUUUCGGAUGUUUCUUUGACUCGCACGUUCGCACAUAAAUUCGGGACACGCAAAGCUCAAGGCCAUCCGCUCCUGGAUUGUGUAGCGCGUCUCCUGAGAGACGAGACUCCGAAGAUCUUUGGACCCUUUACAACGAACAUGAUCAUCACUUCAACCCUCGAUGGAAUCAAUGGCUUCUCAUUAGAAGCUACGUUUCCACGAGGUUUUCUCAGGGCGAUGCCUGGAUUUUCAUGCUGGUUGAGGUCUUGUACUGGGUGGUCGGCCGCCUAUGCAUGUUUUAUAUUCCCCAACACGAAGUUUCCGGAGUCUGAAUACCUUGGCCGUUAUGUGCAGAUCAUGCCCAAUCUACGCGAUAUAAUCUGUUACGUGAACGACAUACUUUCCUUUUACAAAGAAAGGGUUGUCGCCAAAGAAGGCUGCUUCAUAUCGAAUCUUGCGCAGGAGAAGUCGAUGGAUGACUAUUCGACUCUAGCAUUGGUGUGCGAUUAUGUACUGUCUCUGGAUAAGGAGAUCCGGGAGUUUCUGGCUGAGGAUGAAAUAAUUUUAGGCGCAUACGCUGAUUUUAUGCUUGGCUAUAUGGAGUGGCACUUCCAGGUGGAAAGAUAUCGCUUGAAUGAGCUGGGCUUGACUCUGAAGUCGUAG